GACGCGCUUCCUCUUAACGUCAUGUUCCCACGGCUCGAAAAGUUGGUGGUCGAUAUAUCUGGGCCGUAAGUGGUUGUCGCAAGAUAUGUUCACCUUACCGAGGCUGCCCCAAUUACGCUUCCUGGAGAUAUGGAUAGACCUUGCGUUCGUCGGAAUGAUAGCUCGCUGUCUAGAGCAGACCAUCGAGACCAUAACGGACUUCGACCUCUCCGCGUUGAGAGAGUUCGGGGUGCUGCUCCUCGUCCGGGAUGGCCACUAUGUGGAAGACGCUAUGGAGAAGUGCGCAGAAAUCGGCCGCUGUGUACGAUGUUGGAUGGGAUACUUGCAGCGUAUUCUCGGCCAGUCAUAACCCUAUGGAUAACCGGCUGGGCUGUGGAUAAUGACGAUCGAGGCACAGACGGGAACAAGCUUGGGAUGGUUUCUGCACUGAAGUCUUAUUUCCCGGAAGUAGCAAAGCGAUAGAGGUCACCUAUGCAGGACGAGAAAGUGCGAGAGUCUCCCCUUCG